AUCCCCCCCUCCCCCCAAAAAAAAACCAAUAUCAUGGGACUCAAGGAUACUCCACCACCUCAUGUACCAGAAUGGCUGCUCAAGGCGUCGACGGGCGUUCUGGGCAUUGGAGCAAUCUGCUGGUACCUGACGUACAUCCUCACCACCAUUCGUGCGAUAAAAACCAGAUCAUACGGCAUGCCGCUGAUGGCCACAGUCCUCAACUGGUCAUGGGAGGUGAUAUACGCAUUCUACGCCGCCGAGCACCCGAUCGAAUUCCUCGGACUCGCCGCCUGGUUCACCCUGGACAUCGGCAUGGUGUACACCACGGUCGUUUACGCGCCGCACGAUUGGAAAUACUCCAGCCGGUGGGUUGGGCAGCACAUGUUUGCCAUCCUGCUGGGCCUCACCGCGGUCGGCGUCUGGGGCAACUACGCCUUUGCCGAGUGGUUUCUUGCGGAAGAGGGUAGGGGAUUUGGUGACAAGACGGGCAAGUGGUUCAAGGGCAAGGAGGGCUUCGACACGAUGGAGAUGGCGUUUUGGAGCGCGCUGGUGCCGCAGGCGUAUAUCAGCGGUGCCAGCUUGGCCAUGCUGGUCUCCAGAGGGCACAGUGGCGGUGUGAGCUAUGCGAUCUGGUUCGUCCGCUCGCUGGGCUCUUUUGUUGGCCUCAUCGCCCUCCCCGGCAUGAUGUGGUGGUACUGGCCCGAGGCACACGGCUACUUUCUAAAUCCCCUGGCUACUUUCCUGCAGGCCCUGUUUCUACUGCCCGAUAUCGUCUACCCCUUUGUGCUUCACCAGAUCCGCCAGACAGAGGUUGAAAUGCCGGAUGGGAGGCUACUCAGUGCCGAGCAUGCGAUGAUUGAAAAGCGGCUUGAGGGCUAUGGCCUAUUGAAAGUGGAAAAGGGAAUGGCUGAGGACAGCGAAUAA